AUGUCACCCUUAUGUCCGGUCGUCAAGGGCGUUGACAUCGUCGAUAUCCGUCAAAAUGACGUGGAGUUUUCCCUGGUAAAUGAUAUCCAGCGAGGUAUAGAUCCUCCGGCAGGAACUUGCCGUUCCAUGCCCACGAUGCUUCUGUACGAUGCUCAGGGGCUCAAGCUGUUCGAGGACAUUACGUACCUGGAGGAAUAUUAUCUCACAAACGCGGAGAUUGACGUUCUACGGACACAUGCGAAGAGGAUCGUUGAACGCAUCCCGGACAAUGCGCAAUUACUGGAGCUAGGUAGUGGCAAUCUGCGCAAGAUUGAGAUCCUUCUCCAGGAAUUCGAAGCGGCGAGCAAAAGAGUGGACUACUAUGCCUUGGAUCUGUCGCUCUCGGAGUUGGAGCGCACAUUCUCGGAAGUAUCCCUCGAUCAAUAUCAAUAUGUCGAGCUCCAUGGCCUCCAUGGCACGUACGACGACGCCCUUACCUGGCUGGAAAACCCCGCGAAUCGAAAGGUCCCAACGGUGAUCAUGUCAAUGGGUUCGUCAAUAGGAAAUUUCGAUCGUCCUGCGGCGGCGAAAUUCUUGUCGCAAUUUGCCAGGCUCCUGGGGCCGUCGGACUUGAUGGUGCUUGGGUUGGAUAGUUGCACCGACUCGGAUAAAGUGUACAAGGCAUACAAUGAUUCCAAGGGUAUCACGCGGCAGUUCUACGAGAACGGGUUGUUGCAUGCGAACUCUGUGCUUGGAUACGAAGCAUUCAAGCUCGAUGAGUGGGACAUCGUGACGGAGUACGAUAAUGUCGAAGGGCGGCACCAGGCGUUUUACGCGCCAAAGCGGGACGUGACUAUAAACGGGGUACUGCUCCAGAAAGGCGAGAAGCUGAUUUUCGAGGAGGCAUUCAAAUAUGCUCCCGAGCAGUGCGAUCAGCUAUGGCAUGAUGCGGGUUUAAUUGAGGACGCUGAGUUUGGCAAUGAGUCUGGGGAUUACCUUAUCCACGUGCUGUCCUCGGCUACCCUCAACUUUCCAACGAGCCCAUCACAAUAUGCGGCUCAAUCAGUGCCGAGCUUUGAGGAGUUCCAGUCUCUGUGGACGGCAUGGGAUAUUGUCACCAAGGCCAUGGUUCCCAGGGAGGAACUUCUGUCGAAGCCCAUCAAAUUGCGAAAUGCAUUGAUUUUCUACCUUGGGCACAUUCCUACUUUUCUCGAUGUUCAUUUGACCCGAGCGUUGGGUGAAAAGCCAACGCACCCCAAGUCAUAUCGACUCAUCUUCGAACGCGGAAUCGAUCCCGAUGUGGAUGACCCCGAAAAGUGCCAUUCUCACAGCGAGAUUCCGGACGAAUGGCCUGCCCUUGCAGACAUCUUAGACUAUCAAGUGCGGGUUCGAAGUAGGGUGAGGUCCAUCUUUGAGAAGCAUAAUGUGGCUGAUAAUCGAGUGCUCGGCGAAGCACUCUGGAUCGGGUUCGAGCAUGAAGCCAUGCAUUUGGAAACGUUCCUUUACAUGUUAAUCCAGAGCGAAAGAACACUUUCGCCUCCAGCUGUUCCGCAACCGGAUUUUGAGAAGCAAUUCCGCGAUGCACGGCAAGAGGCAAGACCGAACGAGUGGUUCUCGAUUCCCGAGCAGACGCUUUUGGUUGGUCUAGACGAUGAUGGUCAUUCGGUCCCUCGUGACUCUUUUGGAUGGGAUAACGAAAAGCCCCAGAGAAAGGUAACAGUCAAAGCAUUCGAAGCGCAAGCGCGACCCAUUACAAAUGGAGAGUACGCCAAGUAUCUACAGGCAAAUCAUCUGCCUCAGAAGCCAGAGUCUUGGGUCUUGGUCAAGUCUGAUCAGACAUACCCGACUUGCAAUGGUGUCAGUCAAAGCAGCAGUUACGCUACGAACGAUUUUAUGGCACACUUUGCCGUUCGCACCGUGUUUGGCUCCGUCCCGCUUGAGCUGGCCCAGGACUGGCCGGUGAUCGCGUCGUACGAUGAAUUGGCAAAGUAUGCCAAGUGGGUGGACUGCAGGAUACCGAGCUUCGAAGAGGCGAAGAGUAUCUACGCGCAUGCAGCUCGACUGAAGGAAACUAGUAACGGUCUUUCAAACGGUCAUAGUCAAACCAACGGAGUCAAUGGACACGGACAUAGCGAGACCAACCCCCUACGGCCUCGCACUCCCGACCACCAACCGGUACAGCACCCUUCGCGCGAGUCUCUGCCGGUGUUUGUUGAGCUCGACAACUGUAACGUCGGCUUCAAACACUGGCAUCCCACCCCAGUCAUCCAGAACGGUGAUCGACUCGCCGGUCAUGGAGAGCUGGGAGGCGUUUGGGAGUGGACGAGCACGGAACUUGCACCCCACGACGGGUUCAAGGCCAUGCAAAUCUACCCCGGAUAUACAUCCGACUUCUUCGACGGAAAACACAAUGUCAUCCUCGGAGGGUCAUGGGCGACGCAUCCACGGAUCGCCGGCCGCACUACCUUUGUAAACUGGUACCAGCGGAACUACCCCUACCCCUGGGCAGGAGCCCGGCUGGUGCGGGAUGUCUGA